CUGUUUCUAGACCGUCUUCAUGGUCGAAGGUGGGGGCGAGAAAUCACCUCGGUUCUGAAUACGUCUUGUUAGAAGCCAGUUGGGAAAGAAUAUCAGCCGUUUUCUGACGCGAAUCCAUUUCCUACUAUUUCAUCUCCCACUUAAUAAUAAGACAAAAAAAUCCACACCAAAUAAUGAAACAUUAAAAAAAUUUGAAAAUUGAAACAUUGAUUAAAAUUAAUUAAAUAAUUAAUUAAUUAAACAUUCAAGGGAUUCCGACAUGGAAAACAAGUGAUUAGAAGCACCAUAAUUUUAUUUAGAUUUGGAUUUCAUAGUUCGGAUUGUUCAUAAGGAGUCCUUUUGGGACUUCUUUGUGGGGGAACUGAGGGAAGAUGAGCGAAAAGAGGAAAAAAGAGAGGACAAGUUUAAAUAAUUAUUGUUAAUUUGAAAAAAGUGGGGGAGACAAAAAUCCGAAAGAUGAAGAACUCAAAAGAUUCGAAUGACACGAAUUGUGAGAAAAAUGGACCUGAAAAUGUGAAACUUCUCAGGGUUCCAUCGAAAACACCUUCAACUCCAACUAAUCCUAAUCAGGAUUUGGAGGAUCUUUUUAAAGAACUUCCGGUCACUGAAGAAACUAGUUGUGGAUUCGGUUGCUUUCGAGGACCGAUUUUACAAAAAUGUGCGAAUAAAAAGGCUUAUGUUUUCUUAUAUGGAAUUUUGGGAUGUGUUUUUUCAGCCAGUUAUGCAUAUUUUAAUGGUACGAUUACGACGUUAGAGAAGAGGUUCAAGAUACCAUCGAAAACUACGGGUAUCAUCACUGUUGGAAAUGACAUUUCUCAACUUUUUGUCUCUGUGGUGUUGUCCUACUAUGCAGGAAAGGGACAUAGGCCCAGGUGGAUCGCUGUUGGGAUUUACACGGUGGUCCUUUUUUGUUUCCUUACGAUGCUUCCACAUUUUCUUUAUGGCCCAGGAGAGGAUGCACUUAUGUUGACAAAAGAGUACGGUUCAAAGCAAGAAAUACUUUCAAAUUUAAGUUUGAUAUCCUCUAAACAAAGAAAGUUUCUUUGCUUGGGAAAAGAAAGAGACAAUGACUGCAUAGAAGAAGAUGGAAAUUUUGCACCACAAAUUAUCCUUUUUCUUGCUCAGGCAAUAUCUGGAGUUGGAGGAUCAUUAUAUUAUACAUUAGGUGUCUCUUACAUGGAUGAUAAUAUUCAAAAAUCAAAAACUCCAGCACUCAUCAGUUUUUCGUACUUUUUAAGGAUGCUAGGUCCUGCGUUAGGAUAUGGCCUUGCAUCCUUUUCUCUUAAAUUUUAUAUCAGCCCAACUCUAACACCCACAAUCACUACUCAGGAUCCGAGGUGGCUUGGCGCAUGGUGGCUGGGCUGGAUCAUCCUAGCAAUUUUGCUUUUCUUCUUUGCGAGUAUAAUGGCUCUCUUUCCAAAAACUCUUCCUCGAGCAGCCGCACGGAAAACACUAGCCCUUCAAAAGAACAGAUCAGCAUCAAAUUUAAAAGAAAUCGAGGAACCAGAACUGUUAUCGGUCAAAGAUAUGAUGAAGACAUUCAAAAGACUUGUGACCAAUAGUUCCUUUAUGUGCAACAACCUAGCUUCUGUGUUUUACUUCAUGGGUUAUAUGCCUUACUGGAUAUUCAUGCCAAAAUAUAUAGAAACUCAGUACAAACAAUCAGCCUCAGUAUCAUCCUUAAUUACUGGAACAGUGGGUCUGGUCUUCAGUGCUUUUGGAAUACUUCUUUCCGGAUUGAUGAUCUCGAAAUAUAAACCAAAGGCAAGAUACCUUGCUGCCUGGAAUGUUAUGAUUGGGGCUGUAUCUGUUUUAGGAAUGAUUUCCUACGCUUUCUUGGGAUGUUCUGAUAAUGAUAAUCAGGUUGCUCUUCAACCCAAUGGUUCCUUGAAAACAAUGCUUCCAUGUAAUGAAUUUUGUUAUUGUGAUUAUGUUACCUACAAUCCAGUUUGUUCUGAUGAAAGACAGACCUUCAUUUCUGCUUGCCAUGCUGGUUGCAAGACUGUAAAGGUGAAUAACAAUGGGAGUAAAAUUUAUACAGAUUGUAGUUGUGUGAAGCCAAAAUUGUCUCAACUCUUGGCGGACAAUUUCAUGAGCAAUAGUUCAACUUUCACGAUGAAACCUUCUGAGAACUGGAAUGAGCCACAAAAUUUAGGAACGGCCGUCCCAGGCUCUUGUCCGGUGGAUUGUGUGGACAAGUUCUACAUUUUCCUGGCCGUUGUUUGUUUGUUAAAGUUUAGCGGCGCCACCGGAAGAGCAUCAAACUUUCUGGUUUCCGUUAGAUGCGUCGACGAGAAGGACAAAACUGUAGCCAUGGGUUUCGGAUUGAUGAUCAUGAGUCUCUUCGCUUUCAUACCAUCUCCGAUUUUUUUUGGUUACAUUUUAGACAAAACGUGCCUUGUUUGGGGCAAGACAUGUAGUGGAACUGGAAAUUGUUGGCUUUAUAAUGGAGAAGCGCUGCGAUAUUUAUUAAAUUUUACAGCAGCAGGUUUUGUGACAAUAGGAACAUUUUGCGACAUGGGAGUUUGGUAUUAUGUGAAAAAUGUGAGAAUCUUCGACGAGGAAGUCGAACUCGAAGAUAUCGCCGAGGAACCAGGAGAGGCGCUCUAAAGUCUGAAUAGUUGAACUAUAUUUAAGAAAAAAAAAUUAAAUAAGUUAGUCAAAGUGUCCCGUAAAUUUAAAUUAUUUACGAAAAACCAAGAACAAAUACUUCCAAGUACCUUAAUUACAAACCCUCUAAUUCCCAUCUCUAUUUAGAAUUAAUUUUUUUCUAAUUUUAAAUAUUUUUGAAUUUUAAAUAAACUGUGCCAUAUAUUUUAUUUACGGCUUUAUCAUUAUUAUAAAUUAAAAAUCGAAAACUGCAUAUUAAAAAUGAAAAGUCAAGUAUUAAGUUGCUUUUCAUUAAAAAGCGAAUUGUUGUAAUUUUAGAUAUAUUUUAAAUAUAGGAGAAGAAGUGUGAUUGUAAUAAAAGACA